AGCUGUCGACGAUGACGAGGCAAGCGGCGUCGCUAUAUUCAGCCUCGACGGAUCUGAGUGCUGACUCGAUCGAGUCGCAUCCUGGAACUAGAGGGCUGUUUGCGCUCGGGACCUACCAGGUGGAUCAGGCGCAGGAAGAGGGACAGCCAGCGGACGAGAACUCAAACACAUCGCCCGAAUACUCUCGAAGAGGGAGACUGACAUUGCAUCAAACGGGGACCGAUGGCGAGGGCAAAGUCUCUUGCAGGACACUGUCGUCCUUGGACACAGCCGCGAUCCUCGACAUGAAAUGGCUUGCUUCGGGCUCGCGCCUGUCGGCUGCCUUGGCUACGUCCGACUUGGCCUUCUUUCAUCUUAAUAAAGGGUCCCUCUCUCCAGCUGAUACACUCAAGAUGAACGAUGUUGGCGCCCUCUGUCUCUCUUUGGACUGGAGCGAUCGGCGAGGGCUAGGAGCUGAAGGAGGAAGCGGGCCGACAAAGGGCAUCGUGAGCCAGAGUGAUGGCUCACUUGCCUACAUUCCCGAUCUCGAAGUCGCACUCUCCUCAAAAGGCAACAUCGAGAGCUGGGCUGCACAUGACUAUGAGGCCUGGAUUGCAGCGUGGGACUGCUGGAGCGAUGGGAACAUAUGCUGGAGCGGCGGCGACGAUCUCACACUCAAAGGCUGGGAUGUGCGAGAGGCGUCCAGACAGCCCACAUUCCAGGUCCGAAAGGCAUUUGAAGGAGGUGUCACGACGUUGCAGAGCCACCAUCUGCGUCAGCACCUCUGGGCCGUGGGCAGCUACGAUGGCCACCUCCGCCUCUUCGAUGCCCGAAAGCCGCUUCGUCCGCUCAGCUCAACGAAUGUCGGAGGAGGUGUCUGGAGGGCCAAGUGGCAUCCAACGGAUUCAGAAAGCCUCCUCGUCGGUUGCAUGCACGACGGCUUCAAGAUCCUGAAGCUGCCCAACGAUCCUGCGAGCGGCGACAUGGACGUGAUGGUGCGCUUCGAUGAGCACCAGAGCCUCGCCUACGGCUGCGACUGGGACCGUUCUCUCUCCGAGCCCUGUUCUCACGUCUACAGUUGCUCCUUUUACGACAGCCGCCUUCACAUCUGGGAGGCAUGAUCUUGCUCCUUUCACUCAUGUUCGCUCGCAUAGACACACCUGUACUUUUAAACAGUGAAUGAAGCGCUUGUUGAUUGUGUGAUUACUUCUACGCUCUAGUUUGCUCCCCCGAUGAGAUCUGCCACCUUCUUUUCGACGUCCUGAGCCGACAGACCGUCGAGCUCGGCGUGCCGCUCCACCCCUCGCUCGAACCUAGCAAAGAUCCUUGCAGGCGUGCCGGAAGCCUCGCGGAUCAAAAAG